AUGGGGAUAAUAAUUCAAACGAACCUAAAAAUGCAAAUUCGUGAAGCUCAAGAAGAGGUGUUGAAAGCAGAAAAUCUGAAGAACGAGACCCUUCAUCACUUAGAGAAGGAAUUCGAAAACCGAGCAGAUGAGGUACGUUACUUUAGAGAUAGAGUUUGGAUACCAAAGGACGACAACCUCAGGUCAACAAUUUUUGAGGAAGCACAUCUCUCAAGAUACUCAAUUCACCCAGGAAAUGAAAAGAUGUACCAGGAGCUAAAAGAAUAUUACUGGUGGCCAGGAAUAAAAAAGACGUUGCUUUAUUUUGGUGGGAGUUGGGAUACCCAUCUACCCCUUGUUGAAUUCUCUUAUAACAACAAUUAUAACACCAACAUACACUGUGCACCGUACGAAGCCCUACAUGGACGUAAAUGCAGAUCACCGCUUAACUGGGUAGAGAUCGGAGAUAGACAGUUGACAAUGCCCGAUAUUAUCCAGGAAACAACCGACAAGAUUUCAAUCAUCAAGGAGAGACUUCAGACGGCAAGAGACCGUCAGAAGAGUUAUGCGGAUAAUCGGAGAAAGCCGUUGGAAUUCCAAGUGGGGAUAAAGUACUCUUAA